AUACUCAAGAUCACGGAAGGCCGACCCCGCUUCCCUCUUUUCCUUCAGGAAUUGUAGGGCUUUUCUUCUAACACAUCCUCUUCCGCUUCAAAUCUCCUCUUUACUAGGGAUUUCGACCCCGAUCCAUCUGCUGACAGUCCAUGGAGCACGCCGCCGUGGUCCCCGAAGCACCAGUUCGCCGGAAGAGGGGCAGGCCGCCCAAGAAUGCGAGUAAAGCAGGGGUAAGCAAACCCAGCGUCUCCACCGUGGAGAAGGUGGACCGCAGCCCUACUAACGAAGAGCAAGGAUCCGGGGAUGGCUCCUAUGAUGCUUUCGACGAUCACGCCCCAAAGGCUAAGAGGAAAGCGGCAAUUCGGGCUGCCGGAUGGAAGGAAGAUCAAAGCUUGAUCGAUGUCAUCAAGCAUAAUGGAAGAGUGAUUAACCAUGCUGUCAAAAAGUGGAUUGAGCGCUAUGAAUUAGAUCCAAAACCUGCAACAAUUGAAAUUUUGAUGUUGCUCUUUGAGGCCUGUGGAGCCAAAUAUAAACUAGAAGUGGCUUCCUUUGAGGAGACUAACGUGGAUGAUGUUGUGGUCUCACUUGUGGAGCUAGCUAAAAAAGGUGAAAUAGAAGACAAUUUCAACUCAAAGCAAAAAGAGCUUAAGAACUUCAAAGAAAAUCUUGCAUCAUUCUGGGACAACUUGGUUAUUGAAUGUCAAAAUGGGCCAUUAUUUGAUAAGUUUUUGUUUGAGAAAUGCAUGGAUUAUGUAAUUGCACUGUCAUGUACUCCUCCUAGGGUUUAUCGGCAUGUGGCUUCGCUGGUUGGUCUCCAGUUGGUUACAUCCUUAAUAAAUGUUGCAAAAAUGCUUUCUGGACAACGUGAGACCACUCAAAGACAAUUAAAUACUGAAAAAAAGAAGAACAAUGAUGGACCACGUCUGGAGUCUCUCAACAAAAGGUUAUCUCAGACACAUGAAAAGAUCACUACCAUGGAGGAGAUGAUGCGCAAAAUAUUUAAAGGGUUAUUUAUGCACAGGUAUCGAGAUGUUGAUCCAGAGAUAAGAAUGUCUUGCAUCAGUUCUCUCGGUAACUGGAUACUAUUGUAUCCAUCACUUUUCUUGCAGGAUCUAUACUUGAAAUAUCUUGGUUGGACACUGAAUGACAAGAGUCCUGGAGUCAGAAAAGCUUCAAUAAUUGCACUUCAAAAUCUAUAUGAGGUGGAUGAUAAUGUGCCAUCACUUGGUCUUUUCACUGAAAGAUUUUGCAGCCGUAUGAUUGAGCUUGCUGAUGAUAUUGAUAUUGCAGUGGCUGUAUCAGCCAUUGGUCUUUUGAAACAACUACUAAGACAUCAGCUUCUAACAGAUGAUGAAUUAGGCCCUUUGUAUGAUCUGCUUAUUGAUGAACCACCCUUAAUCAGGCGUGCAAUUGGAGAAUUAGUAUACGAUCAUUUGAUUGCUCAGAAAAUUAAAAGUUCCCAUUCUGGACGUAAAGAUGGAGAGGAAGAAUCCUCUGAGGUUCAUCUAGGACGCAUGUUGCAAAUUCUUCGGGAAUUUCCUGAUGAUCCAAUGUUAAGUACCUAUGUUAUUGAUGAUGUUUGGGAUAACAUGAAGGCCAUGAAGGAUUGGAAGUGUAUCAUAUCCAUGCUUCUUGAUGAGAAUCCACAUAUUGAAUUGACGGAUGUCGAUGCAACUAACUUGGUUAGGCUGCUCUAUGCUUCUGCUAGGAAAGCUGUUGGGGACAAGAUAGUUCCUGCUGCUGAUGGCCGAAAGCAGUAUUACACAAAAGUUCAGAAAGAAACAUUUGAAAACAAUAGACGGAAAAUAACAACUGCCAUGAUGAAGAAAUAUCCUCAGCUGUUGCACAAGUAUAUAGCUGACAAAGCAAAGAUUUCUUCUUUGGUUGAGAUUAUGGGACUUCUAAAACUUGAACUUUUCUCUCUACAAAGGCAGGACCAGAAUUUUAAGGCAAUUCUGGAACUUAUUGUGGAUGCGUUUUUUAAGCAUGGGGAGAAAGACACAUUGAGAUCUUGUAUCCGCGUGAUAACAUUUUGUUCAACAGAUAGUCCAGCUGAUCUUCAAGAUUAUGCACAGAAUAAGCUGAAGGAUCUGGAGAAUGAUCUAAUAAUUAAGUUAAAGGCUGCUAUUAAGGAAGUUGAGAUGGGAGGUGAUGAGUACUCACUUUUGGUCAAUUUAAAGCGGCUUAAUGAGUUUCAACUGACUAAAUUUGUGCCCGUUGAUAGCUUAUAUGGAGAUAUGAGUAGCAUUCUCAAGCUUUUGAGAGACAUCGACAAUGAGGUAAAGUGUUUUCUGCUUCUCAACAUGUACCUCCAUGUAGCCUGGUCUCUGACGUUCAUUGAUGUUGAAAGUCCUGAGUCAUCUAUUAAUGAAUUAUUAUCUAAGAGAGAUACACUGUUUGAGCAACUAGAAUGCUUCAUAAAUGACCUGCCUAAUGCUCCACAGGAGGGUAGGAUUGGAAAUCUACUGUCAUACAGAGUGUGUGUCAUACUAGCAGACCUAUGGUGCUUAUUUGAAAAUUCUAGAUUUUCUUCUACUAAACUGCAUCGAUUAGGAUAUCACCCAGAUAUAUCCUCAGUUGAAAAGUUUUGGAAACUUUCUCAGCAGUUGCUUAGCAUUUCAGAUGAGACCGAAGAAGAGGAUUCAAACGAAGAAUACAUUGAGGAUACAAACAGGGAUGUGGUUAUGAUUGCCGCUGCUAAGUUGGUCAUACAUAGAGUUACUAAGGACUAUCUUGCGGCUGAGAUUAUUUCACAUUUUGUGAUGCAUGGAGCAAGCAUCACAAAUAUAAUCAAGAAUUUCAUUACUUCUCUAAGAAAAACUGCAAAAGAUGAGAUGCCUUCUAUAUUUUUUGAAGCAUUGAAAAAAACAUAUCAGAGGCAAGCAUUGGGUAAUGAGUCUUUGGCAAGCAACACAUACUCGGAUUGUAAGGAUCUUUCUUCUCGGCUCUCAGCAACAUUUGGUGGUGCAGCACGAAAUAAACAUAAGUGGGAGAUUUUGAAAAUCAUCAAGGAUGGUAUUUCAUAUGCUUUUUCUGAUGCUCCGAAACACUUGUCAUUUCUAGAGGUUGCUGUUCUACCAUUUGUCACAAAACUUCCCAUAUCCGAUCUUCUAGAGAUACUGAAAGAUGUGCAAAAGAGAUCAGACAAGGUAAACAUAAAUGAAGAUCCUAGUGGGUGGCGACCCUAUUCAGUGUUUGUCGAGUACUUACAGGAAAAAUGUGCAAAAAAUGAUCUGCAAGAUGAGAAAGAGGGAAACCUCCCAAAGCGGAGAGGCCGCCCAAGAAAGGCAAUGAAUGUAGAAGGAAAGAGACUUUUUGAUGGUCAUGAAUCAAGUGAAGAAGAUUCUAUUAGUGGUUCAGAGCAGGAUGAUCAAGAUGAAGAGGAGGAUGAAGAAGCUCAGCAGCCUUUGAUACACACGUUUAGAGCUUCGGCUUCCAAAUUGAGAUCAAUGAGAGUUGCACAGCCAGAUAGUAGUGCUCGCCAAGCUGGAUCUGGAAGAACCACAGGUACGGACCACUAAUCAAAUUGAUUUUCUGAAACAUUGACGUCAAUUCUUGUAAAAUAUUCUAUCAGGAACCUUGACCUUUACUGUUAUUGUUCUUAUAACAUUUUAGUAAUCUGUAAAGUAAUUGAGGUAGCGUGUAAUAUAUUCUGGCGCUGGCAUUUGCCCGCCUUCUGUUUUGUGUAUGUAUCUCUAGAUGAACCCUUUUUGGAUUAUGUACUUAAUGUAAUAGAACUUCCCGGUGCAGCCUGAAUUCAAGCCUGAGAAUUCUGUUUGAUCAUAA